UUUGGGUGUCCUAGUGCAUGAAUCACAAAAGACUAAUAUGCAGGCUAAUAUAAAUUACAGCAAGUAAUUUAUAAGUAAUUAGAAAGCUAAUAGAAUGUUAUCGUUUAAUGUGAGGGGAAUUGAUUAUAAAUGUAGAGAGGUUAUGUUUCAGUUGUACAGGGCACUGGUGAGACCACAUCUGGAGCCUCCUUAUUUAAGGAAAGAUGUAAAUACAUUGGAAGUAGCACAGAGAAAGUUUACUAGACGAAUACCUGGAAUAGGAGAGUUGUCUUCUGAGGAAAGGUUGGACAGGUUAGGCUUGUAUCCAUUGGAGUUUAGAAGAGUAAGAGGCGACUUGAUUGAAACAUAAGAUUCUGAGGGGUCUUGACAGGGUGGAUGUGGAGAGGAUGUUUCCUCUUGUGGGAGAAUCUAGAACUAGGGGUCACCCAUUUAAGACAUGAGAACUUUUUUCUGUGGAUAGUUAGCCUUUGGGACUCCCUCAAAAGGCAGUGAAAGUAGAGUCUUUGAAUGUUUUCAUGGCAGAGCUAGAUAGAUUCUUGAUAAACAAGGGGGUGAAGGGUUAUUGGGAGUAGGUGGGAAAUUGCAGUCAGAUCAGUCAUGAUCUUAUUGAAUGGCAGAGCAAGCUCAAGUGGUCUUCUCCUGCUCCUAACUCAUAUGUUAGUAUGCUAAUUAGAAUUCAGGAAGCCCUUACAUCCUGACCCCUUGUUCUGGGGUACUUUUCUGGACUAGUUUAGCCUCAAACUCCUAAGGACUUAAUGCUGAGGGAAGGUAAGGGAGUAAUUGCAGCCUAGUGAUGUCUUUUGGAGUUUGUGAAUUGCUUUUGGACAUCAGGGAAGAAUUUGGUUAAUUCUUGAAUUUGCUCACAGCCAAACGGUAGAUCUUUUGAUGCAGGAAUCGGGCUGCCGUUUAGAGCAUCCUUCUGCAACUAAAUUCCGCAAUCACGUGAUGGAGGGAGAAUGGGAAAAGGCUGAAAAUGAUCUUAAUGAAUUGAAGUCUUUGGUGCAUUCACCUCAUGUGAUUGUGAAAAUGAAGUUCCUGCUUCUGCAGCAGAAGUACUUGGAAUAUCUGGAAGAUGGGAAGGUUCUGGAAGCCCUUCAGGUCCUGCGCUGUGAACUGACUCCUCUGAAAUACAACACAGAAAGAAUACACAUCUUAAGUGGCUAUCUAAUGUGUAGUCAUACAGAUGACCUGAGAGCAAAGGCGGAGUGGGAAGGAAAAGGGACUGCUUCGCGAUCAAAAUUACUCGACAAACUUCAGAUGUACCUGCCCCCAUCAGUGAUGCUUCCUCCACGACGCUUACAGACUCUGCUGCGCCAAGCAGUGGAACUGCAGCGGGACCGUUGCCUGUAUCACAAUACAAAACUAGACAGCAACCUGGACUCAAUGUCUCUGCUUGUGGACCAUGUUUGCAGUAGGAAGCAGUUCCCUUGCUACACACAGCAGAUCCUCACAGAACACUGCAAUGAGGUGUGGUUCUGCAAGUUCUCCAAUGAUGGCACUAAAUUAGCAACAGGGUCCAAGGACACCACAGUUAUUAUAUGGCAGGUUGAUUCAGACACUCAUCAACUUAGGUUGCUUAAAACUUUAGAGGGUCAUGCUUAUGGAGUUUCAUACCUAGCAUGGAGUCCAGAUGAUAAUUACCUUCUAGCCUGUGGCCCUGAUGACUGCUCUGAAUUAUGGCUUUGGAAUGUGCAGACAGGGGAGCUAAGAACCAAGAUGAGUCAGUCUCAUGAGGAUAGUCUAACAAGUGUGGCUUGGAACCCAGAUGGAAAACGCUUUGUGACAGGUGGACAGCGUGGACAAUUUUAUCAAUGUGAUUUGGAGGGAAAUCUGCUGGAUUCAUGGGAAGGCGUGAGAGUACAGUGCCUAUGGUGUCUAAACGAUGGGAAAACGGUUCUUGCCUCGGACACGCAUCAGCGGAUACGAGGCUACAACUUCGAGGACCUGACUGAUAGGAAUAUAGUGCAAGAGGACCAUCCUAUAAUGUCGUUCACAGUUUCGAAGAAUGGAAGGUUAGCCUUGUUAAAUGUUGCGACUCAGACAAUGGAAGAUGAAGAGAAAAGGCAGGAGAAGUCAAUUCGCUCAAGAGGAGUUCAUCUAUGGGACUUACAGGACCGUGUUUUAGUGAGAAAGUAUCAAGGUGUCACACAAGGAUUUUACACCAUUCAUUCAUGCUUUGGAGGCAACAAUGAAGACUUUAUUGCCAGUGGCAGUGAAGAUCACAAGGUUUAUAUUUGGCACAAGCGGAGUGAAUUGCCAAUAGCAGAACUGACAGGACAUACACGUACUGUAAACUGCGUAAGCUGGAACCCGCAAGUCCCGUCCAUGAUGGCUAGCGCUUCAGACGAUGGUACAGUCAGGAUUUGGGGACCAGCACCUUUCUUAGACAACCAGGAGUCUGAAGAAGCUUGCAGCAGCAUGGAUAGUUGACGGUGACUUUGCAACAGACAGCUUUGAACUGAAAUUAGUCAUGGAACAAAUAGCUUGGGUUUUGGCACAAACCAACUGCGGUUGAUCACUGGACAAGACAUGCUUGUGAAGAAGAACUCAUUCCCGAUCCUCUAACUGGUGCCAGCAUCUUUACCGCCUUGCUUCAUAGUUACAAAUCCAAGAGAAGCAAUCUCCUUAGACCCCAGUUGGAUGUCAUUUUGAAUUUUACUCAUUGGUCUUGAAGGAACCAUGUUACAUUAAGACUUCAUCGAACUCAGAUUCUUUUCUGCCCUUUUUUGCUCUGGCAGCCUAUCUUGUUCUACACUGUGGAUUUUUAAGUGCUUGUUUGGAGUCCAACAUAUUUGCUAGGGUGAAAAAAGCAUUAGUAAGGAGCAAACGUGCACUAAAAUAGAAGAUUGUUUUCAUUCUAGUAGCCUGAAUUAGUGGAAAUAACUACAGCUCAGUUCAUGGACUUCAUUACGCUGCCCUGAAACUGUUUUCAUUGUGACCCUUUGGGGAGGGGGAGAAGCUAGGAUUUCAUGUACAAAAUUUCAGGGUUUUUUAAAAAUCCUAAUUGUUAACUGAAUCAUUUAAAUCUCAUUUUCCUGCACUCAUUCCCUCAUCAUGGUCUUCCAUUUGUUUUAUGAUAAAUUAAUUUGUGUUCUUGGAAGAAUCACACCAGUGACAUUUUUUACAUUCACUGCAGUGGGAUGCCACAUUGAUUUGUUUAGGGAUGAUUUUAAACCCAAAUUGACACUGACUAGAAAAGGGUAUGUGGUACUGUUAACUGUACAGUAGGACAUAUUCUUUCACCCAGAUUUGUAACUUCACCUGUUUGCGUUGAAGACAGAAUUAGUGUCAUGUGGCAUGCCCGGUGUACUAGCUAGUUGUGACAGGGUUUUACAUCAUUGAGUCCAAUUUGUCAAGUUCUUGAUCUCAGUUGGGGGUUUUCACCAAGUAUUUCUUCUGGGAGGGUGGAGGGGGGUCGCGAGGGGUGCAGGGAUGGGUUGGUAUGAGCUGGAAAAUAUCACAGAGUGAAUCCUGCAGCACUUUUUGAGCACCUACAGGUGGGUGAUUACAGAGCAGCAUUGGCAGAGGCUAGGAAGAAGGCCACAUGCCUGCCUACCUGCCUGCCUGCCUUCCUGUCAGGGAAUUGCUGCUGAGUGUGAGGAGGUUUAAAGUGGGGAAAUGGGGACAAAAUGUAAAUGUUUAAUGAUGAGAAACCUCACUGCACCUUGACUUGUGCAAUAUACUAUAGUUCUUUGCUGUAUUUGCCAUUUUCUAUUUUGCCCAUUUUUAAACUCCUAUUUACAGUAACAUUUGCCCAAGAUUUCUCUCCCCACAUAGUGACCAAAUGCUUAGAUCCUCUUUUACAUAUAUUACCAACAUAAUUUCAUUUACUAACAUUCACUGUAAAUUGGCUGAUUACCUGGUAUUGCACUGGUGCUCGAGUGGGAACCUCUACUGGUGAACCAAUCUCCGGUGUAGAAUUUCUUCCCCCUCUUCAAAAGUGUGCUGGUCUUAAGGGGUUAAGAGAAAAGGCGUAGCGAUGUGGUUCUUAAUGCCUUUAUUUAGUGGUGUAACAAGUACUUGACCUCCAUGGGUUAGAUCUGGGGUAGGGAGGAUGGCAUGGGGAAACAGCAAUGCAAUCUGAUAAAUUGAAUAAUGACUUGAUCGAUCAAGUAGCUAGAUGAUUGAUCACAAAUUUGUACUUUGCCAAUUUAUUUGUACAUUCUUUUAGAGUCCACAAUUUAUUUUUUAUGUACAACUGCUAUUAGAACUAAGAUUAAAUUCUCUUCCAAA